GGAACAGGCUAGCCUGAAAAAACAGAUCUGGCUCCUCCCAUUGUUUCCCUCCCAGAAGUUUUGCAGACAGUUAAAAUCUCCUGUUUGGUAGAAAAGCCACACAGCUUUUUGCAAAUGGCUGUACGUUUGUUUGAGGGUAAAGAACAUGCGUCCUCAUACUGGAAGAACAGGAUAUCUCCUUCUGAAGAGCUCAUCAGCAAGAUUAUGCAGUUUCUCAUGACUAAUAAAGAGUCACCCUAUGACCUGGCAGUGGACGUUGGUUGUGGGUCAGGACAAGGAACCUUGCUCUUGGCACCAUAUUUUGCUCAUGUGGUGGGGACAGACAUCAGUCCUGCUCAACUGGAGAUGGCAAGGAAGCAUGUUAGUUCCACAAAUAUCGAAUACAGGGAAUGUCCAGCCGAGGAACUGCCUUUUGAAGAUGGCUCCAUAGAUCUUGUGACGUCCAUGUCAGCGUUUCAUUGGUUUGAUCAUUCACCUUUCCUUCAAGAGGCUCACAGAGUCCUGAAGCCUCACGGCUGCCUCGCGCUUAUUAACUACACUAUGGACAUGGAACUUAGCUAUGGAGACUGUUCAGAGGCUUUAAACCUCAUCUGCAAAGAGUUUUAUGCUGCCCUGCUGCCAUACCGGAACCCUUACCUAGGUCCCAGCUCUUUUAAUCUUUACAAACAAACCUACAACUCUCUUCAGUAUCCAGUCAAAGAAUGGCAGGAGAUGUUUUGGGUGAAGAAAGCUGUCCCUUUCUCUGGCUACAUUGGCAUGGUGGAGUCUUUUUCGAGUUUCCAGGCUCUCCUAGAAAAAGAUCCUGAAGAGGCCAGACGGCUCUCACAGGACAUCACAAAGAGACUGCUGCGUGCAAUGGGUGUGACAUCAUUAGAGACAGAGGUUGUCAUGGGAGUGAAAUACUUCUAUCUGCUUGGCUGCAAACCUGCAGACGAUUGACUGCUUUUUGUGUAUUGUCUCCGGCUCAGCGUAAACUCAGUACCAUAACAAAAUAUUAUAUAUUAUUUAGGUGUUCAUAAUAAUCACCUGAUUUAAAAUAAAGAUUUUGUUCACUGUUGAUUUAUUUAUUAACACCAUCAACAAAUCAGUAAAGAUAACAGUAAAGAUAACAUUAGCAAAUAUUCUGUAAAGCAAACUGGAUAUCACUAAUAUCACAUAUAACCGACUGAAUGGUGAAUAGUGAAUUCUUCCGAAUUAUUAUCAAUAUUUUUUACUGCAGUUUAAACCAUGCCACAACUAACCUAAACAUAUAAAUAUGUUUGUUAUGUGAAUCAUUUUGAUUUUGAAAUGUGUAUCAAUAAUCUUGUCAUUUGCUGAUUAAAUUGCGUGUUGUAUUUAGAUUAAAUGAGUCACAAUAAUUGAAAUGUAUUUGUACUCUCAUCCACCAGGGUGCAGUGUUGACUUGCGCAUGUAGGGCUCCUCACCAUUUAAGGUUGCCAGACACUGUCCAUGUGUGCUGAUGUAUAAUAAUUCCAUGGUACAGUGAUUAAACACAGGCUCACACAGCUUCAUAACACACAGAGAGACCCAAAAAAUUGAGAAAGACAUUUAUGUGUAAACAUUAAUUUUUUUUGUGUUUACCACAUUUGUUUUGAAAUCCUCUUUCUGUUUACUGUACACAAAUCAAAAUAUGAUGUAAUACUUUCUUUUUCUCUCAUAAUUUACAAGUGUAUUUGGGAACCCUGUUAAAUAAAAACCGCAUGUGCUGGUUGGGUAGGUUUUGAAGCAUGGUGGCUGGGUUGUGCUGGUUUAAACGGUCUAGAAGCUAGUUUAAAUUGGUGAUUUGCUGGUUUAAGCUGGUCCUGAGCAGCACAUGACCAUUUUAGGACCAACUUAAACCAGUACAUGACCAUUUUAAAACCAGCAAAUGACCAGCUUAAAGCAGCACAAACCAGCUACCAUGCUUCAAAACCUACCUAACCAACAUAUGCUGUUUUUUAUCAACAGAGAUUUCAACAUAAUGCUCUGCUGGAUUAUGAAGUGGGUGUAAAGUGUGUUAGUGGUUUCAAUUCAAUUUUAUUUAUAUAGCGCUUUUCACAUUGUGCAUUGUUCCAAAGCAGCUUUACAGGAGAAAAUAAGAAAAACACAGAAAAGGUAAAAGACAGCACAGCACAUAGUGUUUAUAGAACAAGCAAGAUCAUUCUAUAAAUAUAUUAUAUUUGUAUUGGCA